GCAACAAAGAAAAGGCGUGAGAAUUUGAUACCAAACAAUCUACUGUGUGUGCCGGAUAAUUUUUCACAUAAAUAGUAGGCUGAUAUAAGUAAACCACGCACCUCCCAGUAACGAAAUCUUCCGGUGAUAAGCUGCAUAUCUAUAGACUGCGACCCCCAAAAACAGCUCACUGUUCAAGAAUUUGGUCGUUUGCACAAGUGCCCAUUUUCGGGAAGCUGUAACUUCCAAGAUGAGAAUAAACGACGUGGUCCUUAUCAGCCUGCUUGCUAUUUUUUGGGCAAAUGUGGCAUUUACCUUUAGCGUGUACAGAAGGGUGAAAUAUGAUAAUUCCUAUGGAGGAGUUGCGAGUAAUGGAUUCGAGUGUGCGGAAAUUGGAAGCAAUAUUCUUAAAAAAGGAGGUUCAGCUGUUGAUUCGGCUAUUGCGACGAUGGCGUGUGAGGGGGUUGCUAUGCCUGCAAGUACAGGUAUCGGCGGCGGAUUCUUGAUGACGAUUUACAUUAGGGAAAAUCAGAGUUCGGUGACCCUAAAUGCAAGGGAAGUCGCCCCAUUGCACGCUUCUGAAAACAUGUAUAACAGUAACCCCGAAUUAUCUUACAAAGGAGGACUGGCGGUUGCGGUUCCUGGAGAACUACGAGGAUAUUGGUAUGCCCAUAAGCGAUUUGGGGUGUUGCCGUGGAAGGAGAUCCUAGAACCGGUCAUAGAUUUGUGUAAGCAAGGAAAUCGAGUUACUCCAUAUAUGGAAAGGACGUACAAGAAUAACGAAUGGCAAAUUCGAAAAGAUCCAGGAUUAAGGGCGGUCUUCAUAAAUCCUGAAACUAACUCAACCUACAAGGAGGGUGACUAUAUCAAACGUUUGAAGUUGGCUGAAACUCUAGAAAUUAUCGCAAGAGAUGGAGCUAACGCUUUAUAUGACGGUGUUUUAACCCAACCGCUCCUGGAAGAUAUCAGGGAAGCAAACGGAAUAAUAACCGAAGAAGAUUUAAGGACUUACAGGCCCAUUUGGAUGGAGCCGUUGGUUUCGAAACUUUCUGGUGAGCAAACGCUGUACACAACGCCAAUACCAGGCUCGGGACCAAUUUUGACCUUUAUAUUAAAUGUUUUAAAUGGCUAUCUCGACGAAACGGACAUAAACAAGGUGGAAAACUGGCAAAAGAUAGUUGAAACCUUUAAAUACGCGUACGCGAAAAGAUCGGAAAUGGGAGACACCGAUUUUGUAGAUGUAAGGGAGCUGAUGCGCAAUCUAACGUCUCAGGAAUACGCGAAAGCUAUCCGAGAGAAAAUAACCGUCGACAGAACUUUCUAUACUCCAGACCAUUAUGGCGCAAGCUUCACGGCCUCAAAAGAGGAUCAUGGUACAGCUAAUAUGGUAAUUUUGGCACCUAACGGCGAUGCCGUAUCGGUCACGGGAACAAUUAAUCAAGUCUUCGGUGCUGGAAUAUUGUCAAAAAGUACAGGUAUAAUAUUAAACGAUGAAAUGGACGACUUCGCAUCGCCCGGGAUUACAAACCAAUUUGGCGUACCUCCGUCACCAGCUAACUUUAUUCGCCCAAAGAAACAUCCACUAUCGUCCAUGUGCCCUAGCAUCAUAGUUAAUAGAGACGGCGAUGUUGUUUUGGCGAUUGGUGCUGCUGGAGGAACCAAAAUUACGACAGCCGUCGCGUUGACGAUUAUGCGCCAUUUGUGGUUUGGAGAGGCUCUAUCUCCCGCCAUCGCGGCGUCUAGGCUACAUCACCAACUGAUGCCAAUGCACAUCGAUCACGAAUCGACGUUUGACGAGGGUUUGCUACACAGUUUGAGAGACAUCGGCCAUAAGACUAAUGAGGUACCCUCGGCAUCGGGAUUUGCUUCGGUCACCGCCAUUUCAACAAACGGUAAGGUGUUGAAUGGUAGCAUAGACCCGCGACGAGGGGGCAGCGUGUCUUUGAUGAGUACGACAACCAAAAUAUCUACCUUUCCGAACCAAAUUUAGUCACUCUUAACAUUAGCCGGUUUUGUCUUAUUAAAAUAUUUUAACACUUUCA